AACGUUAGAGACUGAAAUACCAGCGAUGCUGAGAAUCGACUCGACGAGAGUGUUGUUCUCCCGCGAGACGCCUUUUCCACUUUUCUUCUUUCCCUCUUUUCUCCGGUUUCUCACGGGCUUCCCUCUUUGCGCGUCUCGAUCAUAGGAUCCAGAUCCCGAUGCUGGACCGACCGAUCUUGCUGCGCGAUUCUGUAUCGGCGGGGGAUGACGCCGUCGCAGCGACGACGACGACGACGACACUAGACUUUAACCCUUUGAAACUGUUGGGCGGUUUUUGCUAUUGCGACGGACAUUGCCCAGACGGUAGGCAAAAUGGAACUUGCGAUUUACGACCUGGAGGCCAAUGUUUCAGCGCUGUGGAAGAAGUGUGGGACCCCGAGCAGGGAGACUACGUUCCUGAAUGGUCAUUCGGUUGCUUGCCACCUGCCGAAGGAGGUUUCAUGCAAUGCAAGGGAAAUCAAGUUCCUCACUUACAAGAGAAGAGUAUAAAAUGUUGUAAUCAUACGAAUUUAUGCAACAAAGAAUAUUUUCCCGAUAUAACUCACAAGCCCCGUCCUACCAUCGAUACCAAUAGUCCUAUAGUCGUGUCAUCGGGAGUGCCGCUAAUCAUCCUAAUAAUAACAUUGUCAGCUGUUUUUGUCAUCGCCUCGAUAGCGAUAGGAAUCGUGUAUCUUAAAUGCCGGAAGAAAGAGCGAGAUCCAUGCCUAGUGCCAUCACAAGGAACCCUCAAGGACUUCAUAGAUCAGAGCAGUGGAUCAGGUUCGGGAUUACCACUCUUAGUACAACAGACGAUUGCGAAACAAUUAGCUAUGUCGCAGUGCGUGGGAAAGGGACGUUACGGCGAGGUAUGGUUAGCUAGAUGGCGAGGUGGUGAAAAAGUAGCGGUGAAGGUCUUCUUUACGUUAGAAGAAGCGUCUUGGUUCCGAGAAACGGAAAUCUAUCAAACUGUCCUUAUGAGACAUGAUAAUAUCCUCGGCUUCAUUGCUGCCGAUAUUAAAGGAACUGGCUCUUGGACUCAGAUGUUGCUGAUCACGGAUUAUCACGAAAGAGGUUCAUUGCACGAUUACCUGCAAACAACUGCACUAGAUCAUCAAGCCUUACUAGCAAUCUGUUCGUCGAUCGCGUCUGGUAUCGCACAUUUGCACACGGAAAUCUUUGGCACGCAAGGGAAACCCGCAAUAGCUCAUAGAGAUAUUAAGAGCAGAAACAUUUUAGUUAAGAGAAACGGAGAAUGUGCCAUAGCUGACUUUGGGUUGGCGGUUCGCUACAUCAGCGAGAGCGGAGAGAUUGAUAUCGCGCCAAAUACUCGAGUGGGUACUCGACGUUAUAUGGCACCAGAAGUGUUGGACGAGACUUUGAAUACAUCAUCCUUUGAUGCGUUUAAAAUGGCAGAUAUGUAUUCUAUUGGUCUUGUAUUUUGGGAAGCGUGUAGGAGAUGUGUUACAGGUGGCAAGAAUACUAUGGCGGAGCCUUAUGCUUUGCCUUAUCACGAUGUCGUACCAAACGAUCCAGACUUUGAGGAUAUGCGCCUGGUAGUCUGCGUGAAACGAUUGCGUCCAGUUAUUCCAACGAGAUGGGAUAACGAUUCGAUCCUAUAUGCAUUAAGCAAAAUGAUGUCGGAAUGUUGGCAUCCAAAUCCACCAGUUCGCUUAACUGCUCUUCGCGUUAAAAAGACAUUGUCGAAACUACACAUUGAUAACGUUAGCAUCAAAAUCGUGUAGUGAUUUGAUGUGACUAUGAAAAACUGACUCUUCUUCUAGUUAAACAAACAACUUCCUACUCCUGUAAAUAUGCCCUUAGUGACAAUAGAAUUAUUGACAGACUGCAGCCUGAAGACUGACGAUUAGAAGUUUAUAAAUGUAAGAUACAGAGAAAGAAAGAGAGUAUGAAUGAGUAAGAAAUGAAUGACCUGACCGAUUGUAGAUGUAAUUGACAUGUAUAUAUUAUGUAUAUAUAUAUAGA